AUGAACACCUUAACCAGCAAUAAUCAUCCAGAUGAUAUUAAGAAACUAGUAUGGUGUAUAGUUAAACAACAAAUUCAAGAAAUAAACACUACAAAUAAAAAUACCGCCCAGUAUGUAAUAACAGAAUCCUUUAUAAAUCAAUUAUAUGAAUUGACUUUGUACAGACUAACUUCUCUAAUUACUGAUUUAGAUGAUUUCAGAAAACAUAGAAAUGGUACCACCAUAGAACUAAAAGAUUUGCAAUUAUAUUUUAGAAAUAAUAAACAAUUAUAUUCAGUUAUAUAA